UGCGUUGUCGCGGUGAUCGUGCGUUGUGUUUUCCUUUUCUACUUGUUGUCGGUUCGGUUGUUCUUUUGUGUUUUGUGCUUCCGCUGCGGACUCUCAGGCACUUUCCGAGUGUUAAUUUCCGUGGGCGGCUCCUAGUUGGCAGAGUGAAAUCAAUUCCAUUGCAAUUGCCGCAAAAGUGUGUAAAAAUAAUACAAGUUAAAUGCGUUAACGGUUAUUCGUGGGAAAAAAGACGCCGGUUUUUCCUCGCACAUCGGUAAAAUCAACAAGCAAUCGCCCUCUCUCGCUCUCUCUCUCUCUCGGGCAGUAAUCCAAUUGAGGUUUGAGGGUCGCCUACGCCCCCCUCUCCGUAUACCUCUCCCGCUCGCAGCGCCCCCGCAAUGCCGUGGCUCCAGCUAUCGCCCCUCCUCGCACUGCUGCUCCUGCUGUCCUGCAGCGUGAGCGAGACGGCUGCGGACUACGAGAACACCUGGAACUUCUACUAUGAGCGUCCCUGUUGCACUGGAAGCGAUCAGGGCCACAACUACGGGAAGCACGGCGCAGAUCAUGUGCGGGAGUUCAACUGCGGAAAGCUUUACUAUCGUACAUUCCAUAUGAACGAGGAUCGGGACACACUCUAUGUGGGAGCUAUGGAUCGUGUAUUCCGUGUGAACCUGCAGAACAUCUCCUCGUCCAAUUGUAAUCGCGAUGUGAUCAACCUGGAGCCCACCCGCGACGAUGUGGUUAGCUGUGUUUCCAAGGGAAAAAGCCAGAUCUUCGAUUGCAAGAACCAUGUGCGUGUCAUCCAGUCAAUGGAGCAGGGCGAUAGGCUCUAUGUGUGCGGCACCAACGCCCACAAUCCCAAGGAUUAUGUUAUCUAUGCAAAUCUGACUCACCUGCCGCGCUCGGAAUAUGUGAUUGGCGUGGGUCUGGGCAUUGCCAAGUGCCCCUACGAUCCCCUCGACAACUCCACGGCGAUUUAUGUGGAGGAGGGCAACCCGGGUGGUUUGCCCGGCCUGUACUCCGGCACCAAUGCCGAGUUCACCAAGGCGGACACGGUUAUUUUCCGCACUGAUCUGUAUAAUACUUCGGCUAAGCGGUUGGAGUAUAAAUUCAAGAGGACCCUGAAAUACGACUCCAAGUGGUUGGACAAGCCCAACUUUGUGGGAUCCUUCGACAUUGGCGAGUACGUGUACUUCUUCUUCCGUGAGACCGCCGUGGAGUACAUCAACUGUGGCAAGGCCGUCUAUUCCCGCAUUGCCCGCGUGUGCAAGAAGGAUGUGGGUGGAAAGAACCUUCUGGCCCACAACUGGGCCACCUAUCUGAAGGCCCGGCUCAACUGCAGCAUCUCCGGCGAGUUCCCGUUCUACUUCAACGAGAUCCAAUCGGUCUACCAACUGCCCUCCGAUAAGAGCCGAUUCUUCGCCACAUUCACGACGAGCACUAAUGGCCUGAUUGGAUCUGCCGUAUGCAGUUUCCACAUUAACGAGAUUCAGGCUGCCUUCAAUGGUAAAUUCAAGGAGCAAUCUUCAUCGAAUUCCGCAUGGCUGCCGGUGCUUAACUCCCGGGUCCCGGAACCACGGCCGGGUACAUGUGUCAACGAUACAUCAAACCUUCCCGAUACCGUCCUGAAUUUCAUCAGAUCCCAUCCACUUAUGGACAAAGCCGUAAAUCACGAGCACAACAAUCCAGUCUAUUAUAAGAGGGAUUUGGUCUUCACCAAGCUCGUCGUUGACAAAAUCCGCAUUGACAUCCUCAAUCAGGAAUACAUUGUGUACUAUGUGGGCACCAAUCUGGGUCGCAUUUACAAAAUCGUGCAGUACUACCGCAACGGCGAGUCGCUGUCCAAACUGCUGGAUAUCUUUGAGGUGGCUCCCAACGAGGCCAUCCAAGUGAUGGAAAUCAGCCAGACACGUAAGAGCCUCUACAUUGGCACCGAUCAUCGCAUCAAGCAAAUCGACCUGGCCAUGUGCAAUCGCCGUUACGACAACUGCUUCCGCUGCGUCCGUGAUCCCUACUGCGGCUGGGAUAAGGAGGCCAAUACGUGCCGACCAUACGAGCUGGAUUUACUGCAGGAUGUGGCCAACGAGACGAGUGACAUUUGCGAUUCGAGUGUGCUCAAAAAGAAGAUUGUGGUCACCUACGGCCAGAGCGUGCAUCUGGGUUGCUUUGUCAAAAUUCCCGAAGUGCUGAAAAACGAGCAGGUGACCUGGUAUCAUCACUCCAAGGACAAGGGACGCUACGAGAUUCUAUACUCGCCGACUAAAUACAUUGAGACCACUGAACGUGGCCUGGUUGUGGUUUCUGUGAACGAAGCCGACGGGGGUCGGUACGAUUGCCAUUUGGGAGGUUCGCUUUUGUGCAGCUACAACAUCACGGUGGAUGCCCACAGGUGCACUCCGCCGAACAAGAGUAACGACUAUCAGAAAAUCUACUCGGACUGGUGCCACGAGUUCGAGAAGUACAAAACAGCCAUGAAGUCCUGGGAAAAGAAGCAAGCGCAAUGCUCGACACGGCAGAACUUUAGCAGCAAUCAGCAUCCGAAUGAGAUUUUCCGCAAGCCCAAUGUCUGAUAUCACGAACAGAGUUUCGCCCUCAACAUGCCGUCAUCGUCCAAUCAGUUUUAGUAAAUCGAACGCGAAGAGCAUACGGAACCCAACAAGGAGGACGGCCGAGAACCCAUUAUAAUCAUUAUUAUCACCGACAUCAUCAUAGACAUACUUUCUUCAGCAAUGAACAGAAAACUCUUCCUAAAGGAUUAUGCAUUUACCGAGGCAUUUACAAUGCGUUCAUCGACUUAGAGUUAGACAUUAGGGUAUUAUCGCACGACACAGCUCCUCCCGUACGGUGCAUUUCAUCCACUUAAAUCGAUUCACAUAAAUAAUAUUAUAAAUACGCCACCAACCAUAGUUAGUUACGACAAUUGAACUUGGAGAUACAUAUAAAACUGCCGCAGCAUCGCACAUUCAUAUCGUUAAUUGAAUCUAGACCUUGAUCAGUUUCAGUAUGGUAACAACAUAUAUAUAAAUAUACAUAUAUCCAAACUUUGAACUUUCAAGGCUUCCUUAUAAGUAUGGCAACCUAAAUGUAAUCGGAGAAGCAAUGUGAUGUUAAGUUUUGAUAAAUUUAUUAACAGCCUGACUGCAUAAUCGCGAUGAACACAAUAUAAAUGUACUAUAACGACACUCAGAUUGAGAUUGUACACAUGCAAGCAUUCGAAACACGGAUAUAUGAAUCAGCCCUAAAUCGAAUACAAUUCUAAACUCACAAGCAAUACUCGCCUAAUGUGCAUCGACAUAAUUAACUCGAAUCGGUCCAUAGCUUAUAUAUACUAAACGAUAUCCAAGAAAUGUUCAUUAAUGUGUAUUAUGUGUGUGUCCUUCGAGAGCCAGUUAAUCGUAAACCCAUUUCUUGCCCCACAGAACAAUUUAUUAGAAAGUAUUUCGAUUAUGAUUUUCAGUGUCUUGCACUCUCUUCAGACUAAAUGUACUUAAGGUAAUUUGCAAAAAUCUUUAGUUAAUAAGCGUUUAGUUAUAAUAAAGUGAGAUAAAAACAUUUUAAUAAAAAAUAUCUAAAAUAAAAACUA